AUGGAAAUUAUCAUGUCAAGCACAAUGCGAACUCCUCGCCUCAAACCUUUAUCACUAGACAGCGGCAACCGCCUAAAUUCUACCUUUCACAGCAGAAAUUUAUCAAAUGCUAUCCAUAACCGCAAUGCAACAAUGACCAUCUUAGAUGUCCCUACUUCUCCUACGUAUGAUAUUUCUACUACAAGAACAGAAGAAAAACAAGAAAUCGCGGGCCAACUCAAACUCUUCAAAAGAAACCUCGACAAAAUACGAUACUCAGGAUCUAAAGGAAUGACACUGUAUGGGACUUUAAAAAAAGAGCUUGAAUAUUUAGAAAAAAUUGAAACAAAAAAGCUGUUUUGGCAAAAACAAAACCAAAACAGGGUAAAAACUCUAGAAAAAGAAAUAGAAAAUGUAAUUAAAAGCCAAGAUGAUGAAAAUGAUAACAGAGAAAUUUAUUUGCAUUUACUUGACAGGAUGAGGGAUACCAAGGUGUAUUUAGAGAUAAAAUAUUUAGACCAUGACAUUAGCUUAAAUAAGCAAGGAUCAGCUUUAAAAAAAGAAAUAAAAAAAUCUCAGCAGGCUAAUGAAUCAAAAUCAAGAAGCUAUUAUGGGUAUAAAGAUUAUAAAUAUGAAAUAUCUAGAGAUGAAAAAGAAAGGUUAAGGCAAAUAAAUAAAAUUGACGCAAACAUGAAGUCAGCUCAAGAAGACUCUAUGAGGAAAGAAGAAUACAAAAAGAGAAGGGAAGAAAUGCUAGAAAGAGCGGCUAUUGAAGACAGAAGCCGACAAGAUGUCCUUCUAAGAGAGUCGGUAAUGCUCCACAGACUCUGAUAUAACGCUAUGACUAUGAAAUUUACUAAAGAAAUGCAAAAAAAUAGCAUUUAUGAGAACGCUUAUCAGCGAAUAAAAAUCACUACAGGGCUCCAGGAAAUUAGCCAGAUCGUUGAAAAUUUUUUAACAAAGGAGCAGACUUAUAAGUCCUUAAUGGUCGCUGUCAAUCAAAAAGAGGUAGAAUGCAAUUCUUAUAGACAAAAAAUUGAUGAAAUGCAGAAGAAUGUGUCUGAUAUCGCGAUGCAUGAUAUGUCAGAGCUAAAUAGCGAGUCUAAAAGCCAAUUUAAUAGUCUGAGAAAAGAUUUUGGGGUAAUUCAGGAGAAAAGGAUAGAAAUUUUGAAUAAAAAAAUAAAAAUUGUGACAUGAUUGAAGAAGACUUUAAAUAGAAUGAAAGCAUUAGACAAUAACCAGACAGAUUUUGGGCUUAAUGAAAAUUCUAGCAUAAAGGAUUAUAUUAUGGCCGUUAAAGAACAAGCUCAUGAAAUAAUAAAUCAAGAAAAAAUAAAAAUUAUAUAGAGAUUUAUCUUAAAUAGGCGAAAUUAAAUGAAAAAUAGAAAAUUUAGGUUAAAAAGGAUAGAGAAUAUUGAAGAAGACAAGAAAAAGAAAAUUGCUAGCAUUAUUGAAGAAAUUCCAAAAGAAAAAUUAUUAGCAGUAUAUGAAGAUGGAAAUUUCACAGGCUCUGAUUUAAUUGGAAUAGAAAAUUCUGAACAUUAA